AUGCAGGCGGUUGCGGGAGCAAAGGGCUUCAGCAAAGGCACCGCAUUGGUGGCCCUGGCACAAGCUGCCGCGAAGAUUUCCGGCUCCAGCUUGGCCUGUCAAGACGGCUGUGGUGGCAUGAGAAGCUGGUAUGGUGCUUUGUCCUUGGCAGGCAUGCAGUACCAGAAGUCCUUGCUCGAUGCUUCAGCGAGCAGUUUGAGGACCUCCCGGCUCAGUGCCGCGGCGGCGAUCUGGACAGUAGCUGCUCAACAGCCACAGCGUGUGCACAACCAGCAAGUCGCCACAUUCAGUAAGCUGGCAGCCGUGCUGUUGAAGAUCGAUCUCGUCAAUUGGCCGGAGACAUCUGGGGCACAAGCUGCCGCGAAGAUUUCCGGCGCCUGUCAAGACGGCUGUGGUGGCAUGAGAAGCUGUUAUGGUGCUUUGUCCCUGGCAGGCAUGCAGUACCAGAAGUCCUUGCUCGAUGCUUCAGCGAGCAGUUUGAGGACCUCCCGGCUCAGUGCCGCGGCGGCGAUCUGGACAGUAGCUUCCCAACAGCCACAGCGUGUGCACAACCAGCAAGUCGCCACAUUCAGUAAGCUGGCAGCCGUGCUGUUGAAGAUCCAUUUCGUCAAUUGGCUGGAGUCAUCUGGUCCCUCGGACUGGCUCGCUCCUGUCAGACUGAAACUCCCGAUGCAGUCGGUUGCGGGAGCAAAGGGCUCCAGCAAAGGCACCGCGUUGGUGGCCCUGGCACAAGCUGCCGCGAAGAUUUCCGGCUCCAGCUUGGCCUGUCAAGACGGCUGUGGUGGCAUGAGAAGCUGUUAUGGUGCUUUGUCCCUGGCAGGCAUGCAGUACCAGAAGUCCUUGCUCGAUGCUUCAGCGAGCAGUUUGAGGACCUCCCGGCUCAGUGCCGCGGCGGCGAUCUGCACAGUAGCUUCUCAACAGCCACAGCGUGUGCACAACCAGCAAGUCGCCACAUUCGGUAAGCUGACAGCCGUGCUGUUGAAGAUCCAUGUCGUCCAUUGGCAGGGGUCAUCUGGUCCUUCGUUUUGGCUCGCCCCGGUCAGGCUGAAACUCCCGAUGCAGUCGGUUGCGGGAGCCCUUUGCUCCAGUAAAGGCACCGCGUUGGUGGCCCUGGCACAAGCUGCCGCGAAGAUUUCCGGCUCCAGCUUGGCCUGUCAAGACGGCUGUGGUGGCAUGAGAAGCUGUUAUGGUGCUUUGUCCCUGGCAGGCAUGCAGUACCAGAAGUCCUUGCUCGAUGCUUCGGCGAGCAGUUUGAGGACCUCCCGGCUCAAUGCCGCGGCGGCGAUCUGCACAGUAGCUUCCCAACAGCCACAGCGUGUGCACAACCAGCAAGUCGCCACAUUCAGUAAGGUGGCAGCCGUGCUGUUGAAGAUCGAUCUCGUCAAUUGGCCGGAGACAUCUGGUCCCUCGAAUUGGCUCGCUCCUGUCACACUGAAACUCCCGAUGCAGUCGGUUGCGGGAGCAAAGGGCUCCAGCAAAGGCACCGCAUUGGUGGCCCUGGCACAAGCUGCCGCGAAGAUUUCCGGCCCCAGCUUGGCCUGUCAAGACGGCUGUGGUGGCAUGAGAAGCUGUUAUGGUGCUUUGUCCCUGGCAGGCAUGCAGUGCCAGAAGUCCUUGCUCGAUGCUUCAGCGAGCAGUUUGAGGACCUCCCGGCUCAGUGCCGCGGCGGCGAUCUGCACAGUAGCUUCCCAACAGCCACAGCGUGUGCACAACCAGCAAGUCGCCACAUUCAGUAAGCUGGCAGCCGUGCUGUUGAAGAUCCAUUUCGUCAAUUGGCUGGAGUUAUGUGGUCCUUCGGUUUGGCUCGUUGCCGUCAGACUGAAACUCCCGAUGCAGUCGGUUGCAGGAAAGGGCUCCAGCAAAGGCACCGCAUUGGUGGCCCUGGCACAAGCUGCCGCGAAGAUUUCUGGCUCCAGCUUGGACUGUCAAGAUUGCAGUGCUGACGCUUCUUUGGCUGUCGGUACCUUGGUGAGAGCCGUUGGGGAGGCCGAGCUUGAGUUUGAGGUUCGUACUGUUCGCAAGCAAAACAUCAUGACAGCAAUCUUCACGGACGCCAGCUUAAAAAAACAGUACGUGGCUGCACUCAGAAAGCCGACAGCAGCUUAUGUUUCGAAGAUUGGUGCUGACAAGAACAAGCUGGAACUUCUGGCCCCCUUGCGAUUUGACGGAGGCUGGAUAGGACUGCAACGUCUAGCCUCCCGGUCUGGUAUCACGCCUGCCCUGCUUGACAAGCUGUUUUCCAGGGGAAUCUUGAGCAAGGGCAGCUCGUUUCGGUAUUGUGGUGUUGCCGCAAUGCAGCGGUGCCGAUUCAAGAUUGCCUCGCGGACGCCUGCAAUUGCAGCUGUUUGCGUAGGGAAUUGGUGUGCUGCCGCUCCGCUGCGGACUGCAGCCAGAAGACUGAAGAGCUCCUUUUGUGAUGAUCUAGUCAAACAGCAGCUGGUUCAGGGAUCCUUUGCCAGCAACCGCACUUGUUCCUGGGCACAACAAGCUUAUCCGUUUCUCGAGAUUUCUUCACUUCUGCCUGUGCAAAAGCUCGCUGAAAGCCUCUGCUCUUUGGCACGCUGGCAGUGCCAGAAGUCCUUGCUCGAUGCUUCAGCGAGCAGUUUGAGGACCUCCCGGCUCAGUGCCGCGGCGGCGAUCUGCACAGUAGCUUCCCAACAGCCACAGCGUGUGCACAACCAGCAAGUCGCCACAUUCAGUAAGCUGGCAGCCGUGCUGUUGAAGAUCCAUUUCGUCAAUUGGCUGGAGUUAUGUGGUCCUUCGGUUUGGCUCGUUGCCGUCAGACUGAAACUCCCGAUGCAGUCGGUUGCAGGAAAGGGCUCCAGCAAAGGCACCGCAUUGGUGGCUCUGGCACAAGCUGCCGCGAAGAUUUCUGGCUCCAGCUUGGACUGUCAAGAUUGCAGUGCUGACGCUUCUUUGGCUGUCGGUACCUUGGUGAGAGCCGUUGGGGAGGCCGAGCUUGAGUUUGAGGUUCGUACUGUUCGCAAGCAAAACAUCAUGACAGCAAUCUUCACGGACGCCAGCUUAAAAAAAAAGUACGUGGCUGCACUCAGAAAGCCGACAGCAGCUUAUGUUUCGAAGAUUGGUGCUGACAAGAACAAGCUGGAACUUCUGGUCCCCUUGCGAUUUGACGGAGGCUGGAUAGGACUGCAAGGUAGGAUGCACAGCGCGCUCGAGAACCAAGUCCUCGGCAGCCCCCUGGCAACUCGGCCGCGAGAGUUCAUAGUGCAGCCUGCCUACAUGGAGCUCCAAGUUGGAACCGCCUGCCUCAAGACGGAUGUCUUUGCACCAGGGUGGUAUUCCCAAAAUGGGGCGCCGAUGCAGGAGCAGGAAACGCCUGCCGCCGGGUCGUUUUUGACCACCGUGGCAGAGGCGACUCGCCUCCGCCUCACGCAGCACGCCGCUCUCCGCCUCGAAGUACCACUGAACACAGCAGUGGAUGUGCUGGAGACAGCUGAAGACGGAAUGAAGAAGGUCCGACUGCUGCUACCCGAUGAUGCCACGGACGAAGCAUGGGUGAACCCUGAAGACCUGCAGGAACUCCUGGUGGUCGGCACCCCUGACUCCUUUGAUGCUGCCCGCAAGCCAGACAAGCAGCAGGCGGGCGGUCUGGAAAGGGUUGGGGAGUUCUACCUGAUGGGACAAAAGAGACGAACUGCCUUCGCAGAGGCUCUGGAUGUGAGCUUGCUCUCGGACAGACUCGCAGCCUUGGUCAGAAAUCUGAGGCAGCUGCAUGCCCGUGUAAGGGCAGGCCUUUCCACGGGUUCGGCAAGGUCGAUGAUGAGGUCUUCUGCUAUUGCCAGCUCUUGGCUUCUGCACGAAGCGGUUCGAGUGCGUGGAGCAGAGGAACCGGCAACAUAUGGUCUAUCAUUGAUGCAGAAGUUUUUCCUGCAGACUUAUGUGUUUACUGAUGGACAGGCUGCCUUCCCGACGGCGGUUUCCAGGUGGAGCAAAAUGUGGUUCUCACGACACAGCAUAUCAAAUGCCGUGCAGCAGCUGAUUCAAAGACAUUCAAUUUUUCGUACAUUCUACGAUUUGCGCUCCAUGACACAAUCACUUUGGCCACCCACCCAGCACGUGGUGAAAGAACUGGAAAGAGAACUUCUCUGUUUCGUGAGAGUGAAGGACAAGUGUGAGGCCAAAGUCAUGGCAGAAGUGUUUGCCAGGGAGCCAUUCGGUCUAUCGCAGCAGUCAGCCCUACGUAUUCUUAUUAUCGAGAUGGAGGAUGACACCAACGAAGAAAAGAUGUUGUUUGUCAUGCGCGCUGCGCAUGUGGCAUCAGAUGGCUUUACCCUGAUGCUGCUGGAUAAGCAGCUCACCUCUAGCCUGACGACUGGCUCUGCGCACGGACCUGAAGAUGAGGUCCCACAAUUCUGCGAUGUCGUGAAGGCCGAACAUGCCCUCAUGAACUCGUGUGACGGGCGUCGACUACAGUCAGCUUGGCAAGAGUAUUUGGCUCGCUCUGGUCCAUCCUCCUGGGGUCCGUGGACUGGACAUAGGAGUUAUGACGCGCAGAUGCUACACUUGUGCUUCCCGGAUGGCUUUCCUGGAUCAUCAUGGCGUGCGACGCCACAGAUGUUGCUGCUUUGCAUUAUGGCAUUGGCCAACGUCAACGAUGAGGAUCAAGGAUUCGUCAUUGGAAGUGUUGAUUCCGGUCGGCGGCCGGAGCUUGAGCAAUGUGCGGGCUGUCUCGCGCGGAUACUCCCCGUGUAUAUCCCGAUCUGCCCAGAUAUCUCCAUGCGGGAGAUGGUGAAUGUGGUUUGCAAGGAGGAGAACUUUGCCAAGCAAAAGAGCGAGUUUCCAAUAACUACGUUCAUGUCCGUGGAAAAGGGCGUGGCUCUCAGAUUUGCUCUGGCCUGGGAGCCGGUUGGAGGGCUCCGCAAGCAGCACCAGUUUCGUGACGGGCCUAUUUGGGGCCAGCGGGAAGACAUCGGCACCUUGCAGAUUCCGUGCAACUUCAUGCUCAAUGCAUAUAGCGAGCUAGGUGGCAAAGGACUCUGCGCAAGGGCCCUAUAUAGGGCCAGUCAGUAUGAUCGGCAAGAAGCACGCAUGUUGGCGCACAAGAUUGAAGUCCUGGCAGCAGCGGUCAUGGACAAUUCGGAGGCGCGGGUUGGGCAUCUAUUGAAGAAGAUGCGCGGCCUGCCAGGUUGCCACCAGCACCGCUCCUCUUUCGCGCCAGCAGGAAGGUGCAUCCCAGUGCAGCCUGGCGUUGGCCAUCGGUGCAGACGCCUUUCUUUGCACCAGAGGAGUGGCCCUCCCCGGCGGCGGGUCACACGGCAAACUGCAAGCCUCAGACACGUUGAGGGGCACAUCUCGCCGAGCAAGUGCUGGAAGUUAGCCUUCUUUUCAGCAGAGAAGACUGGCUCUGUACUCCGGAUGCAGAACGCAGACGUGACUGCGCGGCAUGAUGAAGGAGGCACCUUAGUAGCACGUGUGAAGCCGCACAAGCCCUCUUUCGCAGGACAGUGCCGCAAGCGCUGGGCUGACGUGCGUGAUGACGAUUGUUCCGAGUGCGGCGAUCUCUGGGAGCCUGGCCAGUCGUCUCACCUCCUUGAAGUGCAGCAAGAUGGCAACUCGAACCGGAAUGACAGCAGUCCACUUCGCCUGGCAGGGGAUGUCCGGAAGGGGCAGUGCGAGGGCGCUGAAACUUCAGGACCGGGACCAGGAUAUGAACACAGAGCGCGAAACAGAAAGCACCGGACCUUGGGCGACAAGGAAAGAUGGGCACUUGACACCAGGGUGGCUGAGUUCUGUGCGGACCUCAACCGCAGCAAGACCAAAAUGGAUUUCGCAGAUGUCGAAGUGAAGCGGAAGUUCUUCGAUGAGUAUCGCUGCAAGUGUGGGGGGCCUCAGUUACCAGGUCCUUUUGCAAAGCGCGUUGGGCUGGGGUCAUUGCUUGUUGCCCACGACUGUUGUUUGUUUCCUGUUCAUUGUAGACUGCUUGCUUCUGAGAAAGUCUCCGCCUCAUGA